AUGGCGGCACAGUGUGUGACAAAGGUGGAACUAACUGUUUCCUGUAAUAGUCUCCUGGAUAGAGAUGUUGGCUCCAAGUCAGACCCACUGUGUGUGUUACUUCAGCACACAAGUGGACAGCAGUGGUAUGAGGUCGCUCGAACAGAAAGAGUCAAAAACUGUUUGGACCCCAAGUUUGCCAAGAGGUUCCUAAUUGAUUACUAUUUUGAACUCGUCCAGAAACUCAAAUUUGGGGUUUUUGAUAUUGAUAAUGCAACUGUUGAACUGAAUGAUGAUGACUUCUUAGGAGAAUUUGAAUGUACCCUAGGACAGAUUGUUUCCAGCAAGACACUUACCAGACCUCUUGUAAUGAAAAAUGGCAAGCCUGCAGGAAAAGGAAAAAUUACAAUUACAGCUGAAGAAGUAAAGGAUAAUAGAGUUGUCAUUUUUGAAGUUGAAGCAAGGAAACUGGACAAGAAGGAUUUAUUUGGAAAAUCUGAUCCUUACCUGGAGUUUCACAAGCAGACAUCUGAAGGAAACUGGUUGAUGGUGCACAGAACAGAAGUUAUUAAAAAUAACUUGAAUCCUGUCUGGAGGCCAUUUAAAAUCUCUCUCAACUCUUUGUGUUAUGGUGAUAUGGACAAAACAAUCAAGGUUGAGUGCUAUGAUUAUGACAGUGAUGGUUCCCAUGACUUGAUAGGCAUCUUUCAAACCACAAUGUCAAAACUGAAGGAAGCCUCUCGACACUCACCAGCCGAAUUUGAAUGCAUCAAUGAGAAGAAGAGGCAAAAGAAGAAAAGUUACAAAAAUUCAGGAAUUGUGAGCUUUAAAAACUGUGAGAUUAUCACAGAAUGUACUUUCCUGGACUACAUCAUGGGAGGUUGCCAGCUAAAUUUUACUGUUGGCAUCGACUUUACUGGCUCUAAUGGAGAUCCUCGUUCUCCAGACUCACUACAUUAUAUAAGUCCUAAUGGAGUGAAUGAAUAUCUGACUGCAAUUUGGUCUGUGGGAAUGGUUAUUCAGGAUUAUGAUGCAGAUAAAAUGUUCCCCGCUCUUGGGUUUGGUGCUCAGAUUCCCCCCUCGUGGCAGGUAUCACAUGAGUUUCCAUUAAACUUUAACUCAUCAAAUCCAUUUUGCAGUGGAAUCCAAGGUAUUGUGGAUGCAUACCGGGCCUGCCUCCCUCAAGUGAGGCUGUAUGGGCCGACCAACUUUUCUCCGAUAAUAAAUCACAUGGCUAGGUUUGCUGCUGCAGCUACUCAACAGAAAACAGCCUCUCAAUACUUUGUGCUCCUGAUCAUCACCGACGGUGUGAUCACUGACCUUGAUGAAACCAGAUCUGCCAUUGUUAAUGCAGCCAAACUCCCCAUGUCGAUUAUAAUUGUUGGUGUUGGAGGGGCUGAUUUCAGUGCCAUGGAGUUUCUUGACAGUGACAGCGGUGCUCUGAGAUCCCGCACAGGAGAGGCUGCUGUUAGAGAUAUUGUCCAGUUUGUGCCAUUUAGACAAUUCCAAAAUGCUCCCAAAGAAGCUCUUGCUCAAAGUGUCCUGGCAGAAGUGCCUCAGCAGGUGGUGAGCUACUUCAGCAUGUACAAGCUCCAGCCUCCAAACAAGCCUGCUGCAAAGCAAGAUGGGAGCUGAGCAGAAGACGCACGGAUUGGUACCCCAGGCAAGGGGAUCCCUGUGCCACCUGUCUCUGCAGUGUCAAAAGACCGUGGCGGAUGAGAGUUUCAUAGGUCGCUUGCUAUUAAGAUUUGUUCACUUAUAUUCUGUAUUGCCAGAUAUACCAUUAUGUUUAUCAAUCCCUUGUUGGGCAUAUUUUGAAAAAAAUGUUUCCAACAUAUUGAGAGUCAUGGACAAUAUACAUCUUCAGGAUGAACAGAGCAGCUGCUUUCUUUCACACUCUCAUUUCACAUGGCUCCUUCACAAGGUAUGCAGGACAAAGCACAGUGACUUCCCCAUAGUGAUUAAGCAAGCCUUUGCACGGGCUUUGGUGUGGCUUUGAGAUGCUUAUGUUGUGGCCAUUUUAACCUGUUCAAAGCUUGCGUAAGCUUUGCAUAGAUCAUAGAAUAGAGACUGGAGAGGGCUGUGUGUGUAUAUAUAUAUAUACACAUAUAUACACACAACAUUUUGUGUGUGUGUGUGUGUAUACACCCACCCACUACAGCUUGUUGCAAAAAUAGCUGAUUGUACAGAAUCUAAUUGUGCAAAAUCAUAGCAUGUGACUUGUGGAGCAUGAAGCACAACAAAGUGCCUUCUCUCACAAACACAUAUACAAACACACAUGUAUUUCUGUUCUGUAGCCGUAUACAGUAAUAGGCCUGUACUUUUUGUAUACUUUAAAAAUUAUAUUAUUCUGGUUCAGUAGUUCUACUGUGCCUCAGCCAUUUUGUUCCAUUGUGCAUAAUUAUACUGGGCUGCGUUACUAAUCUGAAAUGGCUGGACUUUUUCUCUUUUUUGCAAACCAGUUCUUUGGUUUGGUCUUUGAGGGUCACUUUUUCUUACACUUCCUCCUGCUUGUUUAUUGAACACGAGGAAGCUUUAACCCACCCUCUGCAUUUCGUCAUCUCAGAUGCACAUUUGAAGCCCAUGUGAAGGUUUAAAGCAAAACAGAAAACUGGUUGGAUCCCCACCAAUUUUCCUGCUAACAGACGGCCCUUCUGUCAGUUGGGUGGAACUUCCCAACCUCCCUUCCUCCACUGCAGGCCACUGAUCUCCCUGAAGUGCUGCUCCUGGAAGACAAUCAGGAACAUCAUGAAAGGCAAAUAGGGGGAGUCUGUAGUGGGAGGGAGAAAAAAUGGACAAAAUCCCUCCCCUCCUUUGUGAAUAGCUGGAUUGUGUCAAAAUUAUGUCAGUGAAGCUGAAGUGUGCAUAAUGUUUUUAUGUGUAGUCUGAUGCUGUAAGUGGAAAAAGAUUGAAGAGAGCUAAAUUUUGUCUGUAAACUGUGUCAUAUAGUAAGCAUGUGGGCAUGAUAUCUGUGUUGGAGCAGGAUCUAGGACAUGUGUAUUCGUCUUCUGAGACUGAAACUACUGGCUUCAAUGUCUCUGCUUUACCUUAUCAUCAUGCUAAAAUAUCAGUAUGUUGGCUAUUUGUAGAUAAAACGUAUAUCGCACACACACACAUUUACAAAUAUCCCCUGUUGAUCUGAUUGAAGUGAAUGUUCCCAUACUGCAGAUUGUACAUCGAAGCAUGUCUCCAUUGUGUCUUGAACUUUAAUUUCUGUUAGGCUUUGCUGACUUUCAAAUCAUGUUUUAUUUAGAUCAGGGUUUCUUGGUUAGUAAAUAGCAAAGCAAACCUGGGUCCUUGGGAUGUGGAAGCUUAUUGUGGAGCCAGGUUGUCAUUAUAAUUUGUUGGAUUAUGACUCUUUCAACACUUAUCAUAAUUGAAGUCCAAAUGUGUGAGAAGCCAGACUUGGAAAAUGAAGUGUUCUGUGGUAUGAUGCACAUGCAACAACAAAUUGGAGUGUGUCAUUAUAGUGCCUCCCUUUGUACCUGGGUCAGAAACAAUUUCUGGUUUUUUGAUGGCAGUAAUUUGUUGAUACUUUUGAACCAUUCCAUUAAAACCAGAUUUAAAUGGCUUGGCCAGAUGAGAACAAACGUCUAAUGGCCGUAUCUUGAUCUAUGGAUGUCCAUGAAAAUAGAAAUGAUUAAUUGCCAAGCUGCAAGUGAAGGAAAAGGGAGCUCACUGCAAGUCUAGUGAUUCCCAAGCCUUGUUAUCAUAACACAGAGAGAGAGACAAAAUAGAUUGUCAUUUAAAAUGAACCAUGUCAGGGUUUCUGCAACCAUUGGCCACCUCUGCAAUGAGACUGUGGGCAAGUGAGCCAUUGUCUGCUUGCUGUCUUAUUAGUCUGUCCUACUUUUGCUUUCAAAUGUAAAGAAGAAGAGGAGAAAUCUCAACAUCUUGUAGUGCCACCUCCAGCCAGUAUCAUGCGUGCCAUGCCUUUCUCAUCACAAGAAGAGCCAUCCUAUAGUUGUAGCAUGGCUUAGACUGUGCAGUUUAUAAUUCUAGGCACACAUUGUGCAGUUCAUAAUUUGCUUCUAGACAUAUUGUGAUGUGUCCCUUGUGAAUAAUGUAGAACAGAAUGACUUAAUAAAAUAGGGUUCCGAAAGCAAACAAAAAAACACUGCCUGAAAUACUAAGAGGAACAAUACCAAAAGUUGUAUUUCCCUUAUUUACUUCAACAGCAUUAAAUUGUUGAUGGUGCAUUAGCACCACCCUGUGGUAGAAUGCAAUUACUGGCAUUGAAUACUAAAAAGAAAAUUGCCUUUUCCCCCUGUUUAAUAUUUCUAACAAAAUGCAGCUUUUUUAUGAGAGAAAAAAUCAUACAGUGUAGUAUUUGUAUUAUAUUACUUCCUAUGUUAGUCUCUUUAUAUUUAAAGUUAACGUCAGGGGAGACUGCUUCUGGUGCCAUACAAUGCAAAUCUAUUAAACUUACAUCUCUUUAUA